UAAAACGAAACCAACGUCUGCUUUCAAUUCCUGUAUGCUGAGCACGCUGUUACGCUCACAUAAUUAGAGACGGCUGAGAGCAAUGACCGACAUGUUUCGUGAUACUGGAAACGAAGAUCGGGUUGUCUUAGUAGAGUCUGAGGAGAGGCACAAUGAACUUCAAACUGAGCUCAGACCAGUGAGAGCAAUGAAACCUCCAGCUUAUGUUCCAAUGCAGGCGAGGACCUAUGAUGGGCCCUCUGGACAGCCUGGAGGAUCUGUAUUGGUUCAGCACACCAGUGUGAACAUCGUCACUGAGCCUCCAAAGGACCAUUUUAUCUGGUCCCUCCUCUGCUUUGCCUACUUAAACCCCUGUUGUCUUGGACUUGCAGCUCUCAUUUAUUCUAUCAAGGCCAGAGACCGGAAGGUGGUUGGAGAUUUGGAGGGUGCACGGCAUUAUGGGGCCACUGCUCGCCAGCUUAACGUCACCUCCACAGUCCUGGUUGCCCUUGGACUCCUGUUUUUCAUUAUUACAAUGAUAGUUGUAUUGGAAGGGGUAUAUCAUUAAGCUCUCAAAGUAACAAACCCUGACAAAACGCUUCCUUUUAACAGAUUGCAGUGCAUUGCUUGCUGCUGUGACUUAUCAUUAAAGAAUUUGGAUGAUAAA